AAAUAUUUAUUUCCGUGAUCAUAUCGUAGAAACUUUAUUUUCUUGUUACGAUGAUUUCCACUUCACUCUGAAAUUCUUUGAACUUUUUAAAUAUUUCAGACUUAUAUUUCAUCAAGUAGAUAUACCUAUAUCUGCUCAAAUCAUCUGUGAAUGUCAGAAAAUAACGAUACCCGCCGCGAGCCUCAACACUCAUUGGACCGCACACUUCAUACUUAAUUGAGAUCGAUGCUAUGUGUCAACAUGGUGUUGUGCUGACCCGAGUUUUCUAUGGAUGUUGAGGCUUCAUAGUCUUCUGGUAGCUCUUUGUAUUUUGUUAUCCAUUUGGCUAGGUAAGUAAUAUUGUCCAUGCGUAUGCAGACUAUGAAUCAAUAGAAGCUAGCCUUGUGAGUGAACAUGGACAAUAAGCAAAGUGAACAUGUUUACGCAGACUCUGGUGUAUCAUGUCUUUACGACUUACAUGUUCCCAAUUUAUCAUGGAGCAUGCUAUUAACAUAACUGAAUUUUCCAUUGCAUAUAUGCUUAUAUCCAGUUUACAGUUUAUUGCUUUCAAUUGUUUAUCAAAUGUUUGUGCCAUCUAUAUUUUCUCUAAUCCUUCUAUCAUUCAUUUGUGAGAAUAGACUAGCUCGACAAUGUGUGAGUUCCUUCCAAAAACAAAACCAGAGUUGUCAGAUCUCCCAUUAGUUUUUUUGUUAUUAAUUUUUGCUAAUAAUUCAAUUUGAAGAGCAUGAUGAUUUGCAUGCAUUUUUCUCUUUAGUUGUUGCAAGGUAUCAAUGAGGUUCCACAUCAAAUGCAUUUUCCCCUUGAGUUGUUGCAAGAGAACGACUAUUUUGCUAAUAUUUCAAUUUGAAGAGCAUGGCUAUACAUCUGUUUGAGCGUCGACAGAGGGAGUCUUGGAUCGCGCGUCAGGCCGACCCUCCGAGAGACUGAGCCGGCAUGUCAUCUUGAGAUUUACGAAGUCAUCGUAGGCGUCUCGUCAUCGACGGAAACGUCUCCUCCCACUGAAAGCGGAUCGCCGAAAAUCCUGAAAUAAAUCCAGGAAUAAUGCGAACAUCAGAAUUUGAACCCUGGUGGGUUGGUGAUAUCACUGUUCACCUAACUAACUCAACCUCAAGUUGAUUCGCAGAUAGAUCAUUUUUAAUAGGGGUGAUGCAAAUUCGUACUUUAUCCUACUCCACAACCUUUUGAUCGGGGGUUCUAAAAAAAAACCUUUUGAUUUGGGAGGAGGCAAAUCCACCCGAGUCGUCUCGAAGAGUUUAUACCAGGCCUUGUGUUAAGAAAAACACCGGAGAGAAAAGAAAAAAAAAGUACUGUAGCUAUCUCCGGCCCGGACCGUACCCAACCCCGACUCGUCCCCCCUCGCCGCACGCACAGACGCCGGCGGCCACCAUGUCAGCGCGGGACCGGGAGACGAUCGAGGCGCUCGCUCGCGUCGCGGCCGCGCUGGACGGGGCAGUGCUCGGCCUCGGCACGGCGGCGCUCGCGGCCGCGUCCCUGGCCAAGUACCUCGCCGCAUCCGGGGCGCUCCGCCUCAUCGCCGAGGCGCCGGCCCUCGCGAUCCCCGACCUCCGCUACUCCCUCCUCGCGGGGCUCGGCGACGGCGAGUCGCGCCUCGCCGUCGUGCGGGGCCUCGUCCGCUCCCCGCCCGGGGGCACGUUCCUCAUCCCCCCUGGCUCCCGCGAGCACUGCGUCGUCACCAGGCACACCCAGACGUGCUUGUUCGGCGAAUGGAGAGGCAUCUUUGGAUGGACUUUUGACCUACAUGCUCUCUUUUUUAAAUCAUUGAAAGAGCAAAUUAUAACAUCAUCUCGAUGGGUUUCGUUUGGUCUUGUCGAUCCUGCUUCCGAGAAAUCAGGGGAAAUGGUACAUGUGAAGUUUGAUGGGGCUGUUCAUCAGUCAUUACCUCUUACAACUGUGUAUCACAAGCUUAUCCCAGUUGAGCAAAAUUCUUACACAUUGUUUCAGACUAUUGUUGGCAAUGGCUAUCCGAUUGCGUUAUUGGAUGAGGAAAAGAUUCUUCCUAUCGGAAAGGAGAUUACAGCAAUAGGCUUAUGUCGAUUAAAGAAUCGAAGUGUUGAGAUCAGCUCGUGCCCAGAGCUCCCAUAUUUCUUGUCUGAUCUGACCAAGGGUGAGAUGGAAGCCGAGAUGUCCUCACGUGCUAGAUUCUUCUUCUGGGUUACUGUUGCUCUUGGAACCGUGUCAGUUGGCUUACUAGGCCAUGCCAUUUACAGGUUAUGGGAGAGAGUUAAACGGCACAGAGAGGCAAGAGAAGCUCAAGAAAGAUUUCACGAGGCUGACAAUGAAGAUGAUGCUGGAGAAAAUGGCAGCGACGACGAGCCUGGUGAAAUGGGUGACGGGCAGCUAUGUGUCAUAUGCUUAAGGAAAAGAAGGCGGGCAGCUUUUGUUCCUUGUGGUCAUCUUGUCUGCUGUUGCAACUGCGCGAAAAGGGUGGAACUCAUGGAUGAACCAUUGUGCCCUGUGUGUAGGCAAGACAUCCAAUACAUGCUCAGGGUUUACGACUCUUAAGGCUCCUUGCUGAUGUGGCCCAAGCACCGGCAGAGUUGCGACUCCAACGGCCCAUCCUCCUGUCCUGGGUGCUCUCCGUUUUUUGUUCCUAGCUUAGGUUACUGCUACCCUGAAAGUAUGUGAAUAUAUGACUGCGCUAUCUAACCCUCAGAAACUAGGUUACCAGUACUUGCUAGUUCAGCCUGUGAAUAUGGAUUAUGUAUGAUCUUAGAUGACCCCGUGAACUUGCCAAGUUUUUUGUUGGUGUUGCAUGGAUACGCCUAGGGAUGUAAGUGGACGCGUGCGCGAAGUUUACUUUCAUGGUUUUUGUAUUAGCUUGAUUUUAAAAGCAACAUUGGUCAGUUUA